AGUUUUUCCUCACACACACACACUCACUCUCACUGGAACUUUCUCUCUUCUUGUUUCGCUGAGAUUCUUCCUCCUAGGGUUUAAUUGCAGUUUCCAUGGCUUCCUCGUCCUCUGAUCCUGGCUUCAAACACGAACCAGGUUCUUGUAGUGCGGCGGCUGCUGCUGUUGCCGGAGGAGGAGCGGCGGAAUCUUCGGAAGUUGUAAUGGCGAAUGAUCAGCUUUUACUGUACAGAGGGUUGAAGAAAGCGAAGAAAGAGAGAGGUUGUACUGCCAAAGAGCGGAUCAGUAAAAUGCCUCCGUGUGCUGCUGGAAAAAGAAGUUCUAUAUACCGCGGAGUCACAAGGCAUAGAUGGACUGGUCGUUAUGAAGCUCAUCUUUGGGAUAAAAGUACAUGGAACCAGAACCAGAACAAAAAGGGAAAGCAAGUGUAUCUGGGGGCAUAUGAUGAAGAAGAGGCCGCUGCUAGGGCUUACGAUUUGGCUGCGUUAAAAUAUUGGGGUCCUGGGACUCUUAUUAACUUUCCAGUGACUGAUUAUUCAAGGGACCUUGAAGAAAUGCAGAAUGUUUCAAGAGAGGAAUACCUUGCAUCCCUAAGGAGAAAGAGCAGUGGAUUCUCCAGGGGAAUAUCCAAAUAUCGAGGUCUCUCGAGUCGAUGGGAUCCUUCAUUUAGUCGUGUGCCGGGCCCUGAGUAUAUCAACAGCAUAAACUAUGGUGCUGGAGAUGAUCAAGCAACAGAAGGUGAGUUCGUCCCAGGCUUCUGCAUUGAAAAGAAGAUUGACUUAACAAGUCACAUUAAAUGGUGGGGGCCCAACAAAACUCGAACGGCAAGUGCUGGCUCAAAGUCAUCAGAAGAAGACAAACAUAGUAGUUGUGCUGGAGAAGUUGGCAGUGAACUCAAAGCUCUGGGACAGACCACCCGUCCUACGGAGCCAUAUGAGAUGCCCUGUUUGGGUACAUUACAUGAUGUAAAGAAGACUACUUCCAGGGUCUCUGCUUUAAGCAUCUUGUCACGUUCCGCAGCCUACAAGAGUUUGCAGGAGAAAGCUUUGAAAUUACAGGAAAUUAACAAUGAGAAUGAUGAGAAUGAAAAUAAAAACACUGUUAACAAGAUAGAUCAUGGGAAAGUGGUUGAAACACAUACAAGUCAUGGUGGUGAUCCCAGCGAGAGAUAUGGGGUUGCUUUCGGAACAAGUGGUGGAUUGCCACUUCAGAGAAAUAUGUUCCCCUUGACUUCUUUCUUAACUGCACCUCUUCUUAGUAGUUACAACACUGUUGAUCCACUGGGAGAUCCGAUUCAUUGGACAUCUCUCGUUUCUGUUCUUCCUACUGGACUUUCUCGUGCAGCCGAGGUUACAAAAACGGAAACCUCUUCAACAUACACUUUGUUUCAACCCGAGGAAUAAAGUUCGAGGAAUGUCUCGCGUACCCCAACAAUGAUGUUCGAGUUUAACUCAGUUCGACUGGGUUUCUGUGCUGAUUUUGUAGGAUCUCACAUGAAAACAAGCUUUCAGGAAUAAAGCUUUACAUAAAUCACAAUGCAUCAUACAUACUCACCAUCACCUGAGGCUUUAAAACGUAGUAGCGAUGAUCACGAAAGGAAACCCCAUACGGUUGAAGAAGAAAGGAAAAAAUAUCAAGUCUUAGAAUAUCACCCGUUUGUUUUGUCCUGGUUGUUUUAUAUUAUGCAUAUGUAUCUCUAUCUGAAAGUUAUAGUUAUAUAAAUAUGAUUUCCUUCUUGAAUACAUAUAUCCAGUUAUCGAUAUCAAGAUCUCGCUGCUGUUUCCCA